GGCAACAACACAUACUUAGAGAUUUCUGAAAGGCAAAGGGUAUUACAGUAACUGCCUUCUCACCCCUGAGGAAGGGUGCUAAUUUGGUGAUGGACAAUGAUGUACUCAAAGAAUUGGCAGAUGCUCAUGGCAAGACUGCAGCUCAGAUAUUUAGCAUGAAGGUGGUGUUGUGAAGAGUAAAUAUGAUAGGGUGUUGCUGUUAUUUGUGCUGUGUGGUGUGUCGUUGGGAAACUCUUGGUCCAUCUUAGGAGCCAUCCCACCAAUCAAUCCAUCACUCGACCAUAUUCUAAAGCCCCAACACAACAUAACACACAUCCCAAUUCCGAAGGUACAAGGAAAGUCCAACACACGAAUCAAAUCAGACACAAACAAACUCACACCCCAAACACACUCUCCGUUAUCCAAACAAACCACUCUGCUCUGUUCUGUUCUGUUUCCCACCACACCCCAUGGAUUGUUGGUCCUCUCCUCUCCCUCUCCAUGAUGAAUUUGAGAAGCUUGUAAUUCGAAUGAACCCCCCAAGAGUUGCUGUGGAUAACAUUUCGAGCAGAACAGCCACUGUGAUAAAGGUUGACAGCGCCAACAGACGUGGGAGCUUGCUGGAAGUGGUUCAGGUUCUCACUGACAUGAAUCUCAGUGUUAGACGAGCUUACAUUUCCUCUGAUGGUGGGUGGUUCAUGGAUGUUUUUCAUGUUACGGAUCAAAAUGGGAAAAAGUUUAUGCAAGAUGAUGUAGCCGACCGCAUUCAGCAGUCACUGGGUCCAAGAGCCUCUAGUUUCCGAUCCUUGAGAAGGUCUGUUGGGGUCCAAGCUGAGGCAAAACAUACAACCAUUGAAUUAACCGGAAGAGACAGGCCAGGAUUGCUUUCAGAAGUGUUUGCCGUUCUUGCAGACCUCAAAUGCAAUGUGGUAGCAGCAGAAGUCUGGACCCACAAUUCAAGAAUGGCAUCUGUUGUUUACAUCACAGAUGAGGGAACAGGAUUGUCCAUCGACAAUCCGGAUCGCCUUGCCAAGAUCAAGCAGCUUCUGCUGUAUGUGCUCGAAGGAGACAUUGACAAGAAGAAUGCCAACACUGCUGUUUCUGUUGGUUCUACUCACAAGGAAAGGAGGUUGCAUCAGUUGAUGUACGCCGACCGCGAUUAUGAUGGGGAUUCUGGAUCAACAAGUGACAAGAACAAACUCCUUGUGACUGUUGAUGAUUGCACAGAUAAGGGAUACACUGUUGUGAACCUGAGGUGUCCAGACAGACCAAAGUUGCUGUUUGAUACUGUGUGCACACUCACAGACAUGCAGUAUGUUGUGUACCAUGGAACUGUCAUUGCUGAAGGACCAGAGGCAUAUCAGGAAUAUUAUAUAAGGCAUGUGGAUGGAAGUCCUAUCAGUUCUGAAGCAGAAAGGCAAAGGGUGAUUCAUUGUUUGGAGGCUGCUGUUAGGAGACGAACUUCUGAGGGCAUAAAGCUAGAACUAUGUGGUGAAGACAGGGUUGGCCUUUUGUCUGAUGUAACUCGCAUCUUUAGAGAAAAUGGUCUCUCAGUCAACCGAGCUGAAGUUACAACCAGGGAUACCCAAGCCAUGAAUGUUUUUUAUGUGACUGAUGUAACCGGAAAUCCAGUUAAGAGUGAAACAAUCGAAGCAGUUCGAAAAGAAAUUGGUUUGACCAUACUGCAAGUGAAAGAUGAUGUCUGCUCAAAACCUCCAUCCCAAGAGAGUGGAAAAUUCUCUUUGUCUAAUCUUUUUCGAUCAAGCUCUGAGAAAUUUCUUUACAACUUGGGUCUAAUGAAGUCUUAUUCUUGAACCUAGAGUAUUUCCAUAAAUAGGAGCUAUCUAUAUUGUUCUAAUUUGUAAACAGUAGAUUAGUUUAGCCUAGACAGGCUGCUUGGAUUUCCAUUGCAAUGCUUUAUGGUAGAUCUUUCUAGAUCUGGAGUAAGUUGUAAUUAGAUGUUAGAUUGUAGAGUUUGAUCUCGACAUAUUUCUAAGUGAAUUGUAUAUUUGUUACAUUCUUUUGAGAAUGUAAUUAGAUGUCAAAUUAUAGAGUUUGAUUUAGGCAUGUUUCAUUGUGAAUUGUAUAUUAAUAUGCCUUUGAUACAUUCUUGUGGUCUCAAAAACAUUGUCAAUACACACACAAGAAAAACCUACUAUUUGUUCACCAUAACACAAUAGUUUAGAAGAUAAAAUCUAUAAAAAAAUGUUAAUAAUAUAGGAUGUAACCGUU